AUGGAGCAAAGACAAGAGCACAACUAUGGAGGGUCAUCCUUCCCCACAAACCCAGAAGAAUUCGAUGCCGACGACAGGAUCUCAUACUCGAAACUCGACAACAAAUUCAUCCUUGUCCAAGAGGAUGGUGCGGAGUUUGAGUUCGAUGAUACGAUCAAGAGAUGGAUCCCAGUUGUUGAAGAGGCGUUAUUAGAAGAGCAGCAAAAGGCAUACAGGGUGUCUGGUGUGGACGAGGCAGAGCCUGUGGAGGCCUUGAAGAGGAAGCGCAAGAAGGAAUACGUGAAUGGCGAAGAUGAAGGAGGACGAGCCGCAAAAGUACCCAAGAAGACCAAAGCACCUCUCCCUCCCCGAGCCAACACAGCUGUUUACGUUACCGGCCUCCCGCAUGAUGUGACCGUCGAAGAAGUCCGGGAGGUGUUUUCUCGCAAAUGUGGUGUAAUUGCAGAAGAAAUCGAUAGCGGAAAGCCCCGCAUCAAACUUUACACAGAUGAGAAGGGAGCUUUCAAGGGCGAUGCAUUAAUCGUAUUCUUCAAAGCCCCGUCCGUGGAUAUGGCAAUGAUGUUACUGGACGAUACAGAGUUUAGGAUAGGAGGCAAGACAAACGGCAAGAUGAGGGUUCAAGCUGCGGAGUCAAGCUACAAGAAAGUUCAGCACAACGAUGGAGGGGAGGAGAAGGAAAAACCGAAGACGAGCAUGAAGGACAAACAAAAGAUCAUCAAGAAGACGCAGAAGUUGGAUGCCCGGUUAGCCGACUGGAGUGAUGACGAGCCUUCCAGCGUUAUGGAAACUAGCUCAAGAUGGGACAAGGUGGUCAUAUUGAAGCAUAUGUUCACACUGGAGGAACUGGCGGAAGACCCAGCUGCAAUAUUGGAUAUCAAAGAAGAUAUCAGAGAGGAGUGCAGUAAACUGGGAGAAGUUACGAAUGUGGUCCUCUUUGACAUGGAGGAGGAAGGAGUUGCAAGCGUUAGGUUUUCAAAUUCGGAGGCGGCUAGAGCGUGCGUUGGAGUAAUGGAUGGGAGGAGUUUCGCAGGUCAAAAAGUUGAGGCGUACAUCUCGGAGGGCAAAGAGCAUUUCAAGAAGUCCAAGAAAAAGGAUGACAAUCAUGAAACCACACCAGAGCAGGAAUAAUAUGACAAAUGGCUCUGGAAAAUAUCAUCGCU